CUGCCAAUAUUGCCUAAAUACACCUAGUUAAAACAACAAUAAAAGCCUAUGGUAAUGACUUUUGUAAUUUGACUGUAUUUUGUUCAAUCUCCUGAUCAGGUUCAGUCAAUACCAAAAACCUCCGCAAAAUUACAUUUCACUUUUUGACGGAGCAGGCAACUUACAUAGGCCUAUCAAGUUACUUAGCUAAACAGAAAAUGUUGAGGUCAUUAAUAUUAUUCAUAUCGAUCAUUAUAUCUAUAAAAAGAGUAAAUUCAAAGCCACUCGAGACAACAGCAGGAACAAAGAAACAGAACGAAAAACAGGAUAUAGAUGUUUUUGAGUGUCCAUGGUGCUUCGAGGGAGAUAUGAAACUGACGCCCUAUCAAAAAGCAGAGUUUACAAAAUUAUCGAAAAGUGAUGUAUCAAAAACUAAGGAGCCCGCCCCCAAGCGAAAUAAAAGAAAAGCAACUUCAAACCUAUCGCAGAGAUGGCCAAAGGCAGCGAUUCCCUACACUAUACACCAAGGAUUACGGGAACACACCAAUGCUAUCCAAACCGCCAUACGCAAUUGGGAACAAGUCACGUGUGUGCGAUUCUAUCCGACUGACCAACCGAUUCCCGUACAGCUUGAUCACUCAGCAUAUCUCAACUUUUAUAAGGGCGAUGGAUGCUGGUCGUCAGUUGGCAUGGUAACGUACAGUGGAUCUCAAGAGGUGUCGAUUGGAGGUGGAUGCCAAUAUGUCAACUCAAUCAUUCACGAGAUUGGUCACGCCCUUGGAUUCAUCCAUGAGCAUUCGCGGUACGAUCGUGACGACUACAUCCAGAUAAUGACAGACAACAUUAUGGAAGGUCGGUUACACAAUUUCUACAAAGCUGAACUACAUGAUGUUAUCACAGAAGGCGUGCGAUACGACACUAGUUCAAUCAUGCACUACGGUACUAAAUACUUCACAAAAAAUGGUCAGGAAACUAUCAAAGCUCGUGAUGUAAUCGACCAAUGGAAAUUAGAUCAUCGUGAUGGCUUAAGUUUCUACGACAUCAAACUCGCAAACUAUAUUUAUAAUUGCAACGCAUCAUGUGAGCUCUUGCCGUGUGAGAAUGGUGGUUACGUCGGUCCAGAAUGUAAUUGCGUGUGCAACCAGGGAUUUUCGGGAAAUCUAUGCGAAGUUCAGGAGCCAGCGAAUCGAGGUUGUGUAUAUCGACUAACAAAUACUCACGGUGUGAUAAUGUCGGAGCAAUACCCAUCAAAUUAUGCAAAUUAUCAAGAUUGCUUAAUUCUGAUAUCCGGUCAAGUUGGGUCAACAAUUGUUUUAACAUUUGAGCAUUUCGAUGUGGAACUGCAAGAAGACUGUUUGUACGAUUAUUUGGAGAUUCGUUCUCAAAACAUUGAUAAAGACGGGGCUAAAUACUGUGGCUCAUCUUUGCCGCCGCAGAUCGAGAGUGUUGGCAACGAGAUCCUCUUAAAAUUUUUCACUGAUGCAAGUAUUACAAAGUCUGGCUUCAAAGCUACGUACAAUGUGAUGGACCACCUGGGCCACUGGAGCGAAUGGUCCGACUGCUUUCCGUCGUGUGCGAUCAGUGCUAGGCAACAAAGGCAUCGGGAAUGCGCAGGCACUGCUGGGUGUAAUGGUCGAAUGUUUGAAGAGAAGGACUGCGCCAUCGAUUCAUGUAUUGUCGAAGAUGAAGUGUACACCAAGAGCCCAAGUGUAACUGGUCUCCAAGUUACGACGACGGUUAGGUCUACUACAGACGAUCCAGUUACAGAAUUAAGAGCGACGUGUGAACCAAAUAUAUGUAAAAAUGGUGGUGAAUUUGAUGCCCGGUGCGAGUGUCUCUGCAAACCAGGUUACUACGGUACGACUUGCGAGCUAAAGUAUCCAUCGGCACUAGAUUGCACAUACAAACUGGUAGAUUCAAAGGGAAACAUAACGUCACCAGGUUUUCCAUCAAAUUAUGUUAAUGAACUGGAUUGCAACAUUUUAAUUUCAGGAGGUGAAGGUACAACAAUUAAGCUGACGUUCGAAUACAUCGAUAUAGAAGAUGUUGCUGGGUGUAUAUACGAUUACAUUGAUGUUCGACCUGAUGACAUCCACAGUGAUGGAAACAAAUAUUGUGGUACAACGUUACCGCCAGUUAUAGAGAGUAGCCGCGAGGAGAUGCUGUUGAGGUUCUACACAGACAUCAGUAUAACUGAGACAGGAUUCAGAGCGAGGUAUGAGAUUAUCAACCAUCUCAGUGAAUGGAAUGAGUGGUCAAACUGUUCCAGCACAUGCGAUGGUGGUGUCCAGAAUCGAACGCGAGAAUGUAAUAGAACUUGGCCGUGUAACGUUCCUCUGUUCGAAGAACGCCCCUGCAACGAAGAGCCUUGUCAUGUAUUCAGUGAAUGGACAUCAUGGUCAGAAUGCGUGGACGUCUAUGGACAUUACGACCGGGUUCGUCUUCGUUUUUGCCCAGACGGCGAUUAUCUUUGCAGUGGCUCCGCAGUUGAAACAGUAUCCUGUGACGCGGAUCAGGAAAGGUUCCCUGAGCAAAGGCCAUCCCCUGGGGCAUUGGAAUCAGAUAUGAUAUUAACUGAAAAACAGAAAGCUACCAUCGCCAGACUAGAAAAAUUAGAAAAAUUGGACGAGCCAGAACCGAAUGCUCGCAAGGCGAUCAGUGAUCUGUCUCGUAGAUGGCCGAAUAAGCUCGUUUACUACAGCAUUACGUCCGGUUCCGAGCCUGACAGGAUCAAUAUUAAACAAGCUUUAGCAAACUGGAGUAACAUGACAUGUUUGCGUUUUGAGGAAGUGCCUUCAGGAUCAAACAUCAGUCAUAUCCAAGUAAUCAAAGGAAGGGGGUGUUAUUCCAAAGUCGGGUUUGUAGACGAAGUUCCUCAAAACUUAUCGAUUGGACAAGGCUGUUCCGGGGUUGGAACAAUCAUGCACGAGUUUGGUCACGCGCUUGGUUUCUUCCACGAGCAAUCACGACCUGACCGCGAUGAACAUAUCCGGGUCAACUAUACCAACAUUAUAAGUGGCUACGAAAGACAGUUCCAAAAGUAUCCAACAAGUAGAAUAACCACUGAAAAUGUCCCAUACGAUGUCGGCUCAAUUAUGCAUUACGGUGAAGACUAUUAUUCAAGCAAUCAUCUUCCAACAAUCAGCAUAAUCAAUCCACUUGAAAGAGCCAGAGUUGGAAACCGGGACGCACUCACUUUCUAUGACGUCAAAUUGGCUAAUCUUAUAUACCAGUGCAGUGCUGGAUGCAGCCCGAUAGAUUGUCAGAAUGAGGGGUAUGUUGGGCCACACUGCGCAUGCGUAUGUAAGGAUGGAUUUUACGGGCCUAACUGCGAAUUACAAGAUUAUGAGUGCUCUUACACGAUCGAGGCUUUGGCCGGAAUUAUUGAUUCACCUAACUUCCCACAAAACUACGAGAAUAACAUGUACUGCACUGCUAUUAUCAAGGCCCCCGAGGGUGAAACUAUUACUCUUACAUUCACUGCACUAAAUGUUGAAUACGAAAAUUCUUGUGAGUAUGAUUACGUCGAAGUGCGGGACAGUGUCGAUAGCUUCGAAAGCUCACAAAGAUUUUGCGGCGCAAUUUUACCAGAACCAAUCACUGGUGAAGGAAACCAGUUAGCAGUCAUUUUCCGGUCUGACCAAUCAGUGAUCUCCUCUGGUUUCUCUGCUAGCUACGUCAUUAGUGGGGGCAUCAUACCCACAGAGAGCAAUCGCGUGUCUACAACUGAAAAUAGUGGACUCGUCAUCGAUGGAUGCAACAUUGAAUCGAAUCUUGAAAGUGGUACAUUUACGUCACCAAACUAUCCAGCAUUGUAUGAUAACGAUCUCGACUGCACUUACACUAUCAACGUUGCCAAGAAUCAGAUCAUCACACUGUCGUUCAUUGAAUUCAGACUGGAAGCUCAAUCGUCCUGCGUAUGGGAUUACCUAUUGGUAGAUGGCGUCAGAUACUGCGGAACUAAUUCUCCUGCUACUUUAACAUCUGAUAUCGGGAGCAGCUUAACUUUCGCAUUGCACUCAGAUUACAGUAUUGGAGCGCCUGGGUUCCUUGCCGAAUACAGCGUCCGUACCUUGGAUGGCACAUAUACCAAUUUCUUCGAGUGGAGUGAGUGCGUUCUUUUUGAACCAUGUGGUAGCUACAGAAGAUUUAGAACUCGUAUUUGCACCAAAGGACCUGGGCAAUGUUUUGGACCCGCUGUCGAAAGCGAAGAAUGUACUGUCACAGGCCCUGGUGUUUAAUCUUGGUUCACAAACGCAAACGCAAAAUAAGAAAAGUUUAGUAGAGUACGUCGAGGCUUUGUGUAAGCUUAGGUUGAGCUCUUUUGCUAAGCACUCACUUGAAUAUUGCGUGGGACUUUAAACAGUGUAAACAUACGUAAACUGGUAUGUUUGUCAGGCAUGUGCGUAAUCCUGGCUAUUAAAUAACAUGUUCUGAUUGGUCAGUUGUUAAGUUUAAUUGACGUUCCGGAAAGACGUUAUUGUCAAUAUAUUACGUCUACAUUUUGUAGGCGUGAUAUAUUUAUCAUCAGAUUGUUUUCUAUUUGUUGUUAAUUGUCAUCAUGUUGAUGAUGCAAGAAAUGCUGCAAUAUACAUCUGCAAUGUUAGCACUUUUAUUUUGUACGGUAUAUUAAACAAUGUGAUGAUUAAAUUUAAUGUGAUUGUCAAAAUAAUUACGUUCCGUAUUAAGUAUUAUUUCCCUUGAAUUCAUUGGACCAGAAGCUCAAACUCGCUUGAUUAUGCAGCUACGGUGGCCCAAAAGUGUCACGGCAACAAAUUCCGAAAUAUCAGGCACACUUUUGAAUAUGUCUUUGGGUUUAUCAUCGAAUUGAAAGAUUGGGAUUCGUGUCUAUAUAUUCGUAGCCUAUAUUUCUUGAGUGUGAACAAAACUUUAAAAGGUACGGUACCAGUACCAGACAAGUACACUGAUUAGGCUUCCUACUUGAUACUUAUAAAAUAUUCUCCAUGGAUCUUGAUUUAAUGAUCGGGUAUGCUUAUGAAAUGCAUUAAGACAUUUAAUUGAUUCCCUAUACUUAUCUCCGCGCCAUAUACAAUAAAAAAUAUAAUGAUUUAUGUAUGCAAUUAUAAUAAGACCGCACGUACAUCACGUCACUUCAAUCAAUACAGAUUGUUUAUUUUUCAAGAAUGAAAUUAGAUAAAUAAUGAAGAAGAGAGGAACACAAAACAUCUUAAAUAACAAGAGUAAUAAUAUUUACCUAAGGCUCAGGCAUUAUAUAAGUAUAAUUAUAAGUGAAAAUUGAUUAAUUUAUUCUUACGAUGUCGAAACACAAGCUACGAUAUAAAUUUCCAAGUGUGUUUCACACCUGGAAAUUGCAUUAAUUACAAAUAUUAGCGUUGAAAGCGAGGUAUAUUUUAAUAUAAAUCUAUCUAUUCAUUUCCUUGUGCAACAUAUUAUUGAUAUGUUCUUGACGUUGAGAUCAAGAUGAAGUAAAACAAAACAAAACAAAAAAUUAAAUAAACGAGAAAAAAAGGUUUGAAAAAUUUAAACAAAAUACAGAAAAAAAAACAAAAAUAGAAUUGAGAAAAAAAAAGCAAACGGAAAAGAUAAAGGAAGAUAAGUAAAACGAAGAUAAAAGGCAAAAGGGGAAGGCUAACCGGUAUAUUAAAUUAUUAAAUACUUGAAAAACAAAGCAUGACCAUAAUUACAUCAGAAAGAAAAGAUAGGUCUAUAUCAGAAGAAUGUAGUAACAUGAGGGAUAAAAAAUGUAAUUUAUUAGUGAAUCGAGGAAUAACGUGUACGAAUAUUAACGAAGGUAGAGAUCUAAAUGAAUGAAUAGUGUCCAAUAAAAGAAAAAGAAUUGACGAUGAACAGAUUAAAAUAAUAUAGGCCUAACGAAAUAUGAGCACCAAUCAAAGAAGUUUAGAGAAUAUAAACGGAAGUAUAUGAAUAUUUGCAGAAAAAUGAAAAAGGUACAAAAUCGAGAAAAUUACAACGUGCAAGACGUAGUAGCGGUAUGAAGCAGUGUACAGAAGACGAAGAAGAACAGAAUUUGAAAUAAAGAAUUAGAAAAGUGGUAAAUAGAAGAAAAAAUAAAUACGGUAGAUAACAAAGGACGAAGAAAGAUUUGAGAAAAAGAGGAGUUAACAAGACAUAGACGAGUGAACAUAUAGUGAGGCAAUUGGUAUGAACAUCAUAAGAGCAAAGAAGAUGGGAAAAAAAGAGUUGAAAAAGAAUAGAGAGUUAAAGAAAUAUAACAAUAAUAAAGAAAAAUAGAGUACAGUAGAAGAUGAGAAGACGAAGAUGUAAAAGUAGAAGAAAAAGAAGACUGAAGUAGAAGAUUAAAUGAAGAAAAAGAAGAAAAAUGAGAAUAAGGAUGAGAAGAAGAAAAAGAAGAAGAAAAAGUAGAAGAAUGAGGAGGAGGCAGAAGAGGAGAGGUAGAAAUUGUACAGAACAGUGGCGGCGCCAGCGAGGGCAGGGGGCUUAAGCUCCCCCAUCGGUCUGCUCAAGCCCCCCCCCCACCAUCGGCCAAAGCUCGUCGGGCACAGUCGGACCAAAAAAAAAAAAAAAAA